AAAAAAAACCGGAAACCAGUGGAGUCUAGUGUAAGUAGUGAACAGUGAGCAUCUCUGGUUUAUAGAACGGAGAUUUCUUCACCAGUCUGCGCAGAGGAUACUGAUUUGAAAACUCCCAUUUCUCGCUUUCUUCUUCCUUGGAUUUCAGGGAUUGUACCUUGGACGCUCGUAUUUGUCAUUUAUUUGUAAUUUGUACUUCUUGAUGCGCGCGGCGGUUGGAUCUUGGAUUCGGAUAUGAAUUGCAAUUGUUAUUGCGUUGCCUGUGGAAUUAGGAUGUAGUGGAACUGCGACAACGGUUGGUCCUCGAUGAGCCAAGAUGUUGUUCAGAUCAAAGAUAAAAUGGAUUGCUCUUUUCGUUCUUGUCUUGUCUUUGGCAUCUUUGCUGCUUCACCUCUUUAUCGCAAAAUCCUCGAGCGUAAGUUUGGUAUAUUACACCCAGAUGGCUAGUUUGCUGAAUACUUCAAUUAUUGGUGGGCAGGGUUAUAGGAGCAAGAAGUUGUGGGGAGCUGUAAAGCCAUUAGCUGCGUUGCAACCCUAUACCAGCUCCAGAAGCAGUUAUCAUGCGGCUAUUGAACAGAAUAAUGGUUUCAUUUAUGCAAAAAUAUUUGGUGGUUUUGCAAAUAUAAGAUCUUCGAUCUGUGAUUUGGUCGCUAUAUCCAGGCUACUGAAUGCCACUCUUGUCCUCCCUGAGAUUCAAGAAAGUACUCAUGCAAAAGGAAUUAGUGACAGAUUCAAGAGCUUUUCUUAUCUUUACAACGAAGAACAGUUCAUAUCUUAUCUCAAAAAUGAUGUACUCAUUGUGAAAAGUUUGCCGGAUAAUUUGAAGGCUUUAAGGAAAAGAAAUGAGUUCCCUACAUUCAGACCCAAAAAUUCUGCCUCUCCUAGCUAUUAUCUUCAAAAAGUUCUUCCAAGCUUGAAGAAUGCCAAGGUCAUAGGCUUGGUUCUUAAUGAUGGUGGAUGCUUGCAGUCCAUCCUUCCUUCUGGCUUGUCCGAACUCCAAAGGCUUAGAUGCAGGGUUGCCUUCCACGCACUCAACUUUCGGCCAGAAGUUCAGAUGCUUGGGAAGAAAAUAGUGCAGAGGUUACGAGCAUGGGGUCAAACUUUCCUCGCUUUUCAUCCUGGAUUAGUCAGAGAUUCCCUGGCAUACCACGGUUGUGCUGAACUCUUUCAGGAUGUCCACACUGAACUCAUACAGUAUCGAAGGGCGGAGAUGAUCAAAAGAGGGAUUAUCAGGGAGGACCUGAGUGUAGAUUCCCGCAAACGGAGAGAUAAUGGUGCCUGCCCUUUAAUGCCUGAAGAGGUUGGUGUUCUCCUUCGGGCAAUGGGAUAUCCUCUUAAGACAAUUAUUUAUGUAGCAGGAUCUGAAACUUUUGGUGGUCAGCGUAUGCUGAUCCCUCUGCGUGCUUUGUUUAACAAUGUGGUGGAUCGCACUUCUUUUUGCAGCAAAGAGGAGUUAGAUUCCUUAUUUGGACCUGAGACCACUCUUCCUCUUGAUCUUUACCGACCGCCUCCAGCCAAAAGUGAGCAACAACUUAAAGAUGACUGGAACAAGGCUGGUCCUCGGCCGAGACCUCUUCCUCCACCUCCAGAUAGACCUAUCUAUCGUCAUGAGAAGGAAGGAUGGUAUGGUUGGAUUACUGAGACCGAUAAAGAACCUCUCCCUUCACCAAUGGAUCUGAGGUUGCAGGCCCAUCGGUUACUUUUGGAUGCUCUUGAUUACAUAGUUUGUCUUGAAGCCGAUGCAUUCUUUCCGGGUUUUCACAAUGACGGUAGCAGUUGGCCAGAUUUUUCAAGCUUGGUCAUGGGACAACGACUCUAUGAAAGAUCCUCAUCAAGAACAUAUCGACCAGACAGGAAGUUUCUGGCAAGUCUUUUGAACAGCAGUCGUGAAAAUUUGUAUCAUCCAAUGCACAACUGGACACUGUUAGUGCAAGAGCAUCUCAACAAGAGCUUGGGUGAGGAGGGCAUAGUGAAACAGGCCAUCUUCUCGAAGCCUACGUCGUUUCUGUCGCAUCCGCUUCCAGAGUGCUUCUGUAGAAUAUCUUCUGAUGAAGCUCCUAUUCGUCCUGUGAAGGAGAAGGGCAAAACUGUUUACGGAGAUGAAGAGAAGUGCCCUGAGUGGAUGAUGGAUGGUCGACAAGUUGAAUCGUUGGACUCGACCGAGGAUAGUAAAUGGGAUGAAGAGAUUGAAGAGCAGGCAGAGUCUAAUUACAAUAGUGGGAAAAGCUAUUUGGAUAAUCUCAUCGAUCAGGAUGAGGAAAUGGAUCCCAACGACUAAAAUUGGGUGAAUUGAAGUGAUUUUGGUUUUGAAAUGAGGAAUUUUUUGGUGUAGAGGAUAGCGUUUAUAGGAGGAAAUAUAGCGUAUGUGAUUCAUAAACAUUUUUCUCAACCAUUGAAAUCAAGAAAAGUAUAGUUGUAUCAAUUCUUUUUUCUCAAAAGAAAAUUAAAAGUGUUAUAAGUUGUA